AUGCCUCGCCAACAACGCCGUGCCGCUCCCACCCCUGCGCGUAGCGCUCCCACCCGUCCUACCGCGGCCCCUGCUCGGCCCGCCGCACCUGCUGCUCAGCAGUCGCAGCCUCACUCUACUGCCGCCCACCCUGGCCAGGCCACUCCCAUGCAGCAGGCUGCUCCUGUCCAGCAGAGCUCCGGCGGUGGCUUCUUGAGCCAGAUUGCUUCGACCGCUGCUGGUGUCGCCGCCGGUCACGUUGCCGCGACCGGUAUCACCAACGCUCUCGGCUGGGGCUCCAGCUCUCAUGCCGCUCCCGCCGAGGCCCAGCAGGCCGAUCCGGCGCAGAACCAGUCUAUGGACAACGGUCUCUGGCAAAGCAGCGCUUCUCAGUCCGCCUUUGAGACCCCCGCCUGUGAUACUGAUAUUCGCAACUUCCGUCGCUGCAUGGACGACAACAAGGGUGAUAUGACCAUUUGCGGUUGGUAUCUGGACCAGCUGAAGGCUUGCCAGGCUGCUGCUAAGCCCUACUAA